AUGCAAUUUUGUCGGGAUUACCGUCGAAAGAUUUAUAUUAUCCUCGUUUUGUUUUUUGUCCUUAUCUAUUUAAAACUUUAUUCAAAAAGUGACAAUAAAAAUAGAAAACAACCAUCAUCAUCAUCAUCAUCAUCAUCAGAACUCAACAUGGAUCAUGUCCAUGAUCAUGCAGCAAUGGCAUCUACAACUAGUUCUGUGAUGAACCACGAUCAUCAUAUGAUGGAACAAAUGUCUGACACCAAUUCCAUGUCGACUGGCCAUGGAGUUCAUAAUAUGAAAGAUAUGAUGAUGAUGGCCAUGACCUUUCAUGGCGGCUACACUGAGCAAAUCCUCUUCGAUCAAUGGAGCACAAAAACAGUCGGUGCAUUUGUUGGCUCAUGGUUCGCUGUGUUUCUCGUUGCUGUACUAUACGAAGGAUUAAAAUCUGUCCGAGAUAGUCUAGCGAGACGUGAAUUGUGUGAAACGUGUUCUCCGAGUCAAAAUCGUACACAAACUAUUCUCUCGGACGACGAACAUCAUGUACUUCGAAAUCAUGAAACCAUACGGGGUCGUUUAUUCAGUAUGGCACACAUCGUUCAGACAUUGUUACAUAUUCUUCAAAUGACUCUUAGCUAUGGGUUGAUGUUGGUAGCGAUGACAUUCAAUACGUAUUUAUUUUUCGCCGUUGUUCUUGGUGCUGGCAUGGGACACUUUCUUUUCGGCUGGCGUCGUUCAUCUGCUAUCGAUUAUAACGAUCAUUGUCAUUAA